GACGGUGUGGGUGAUACGUGUGGGAUCUGCCAGGUUCUGCCCCAUAAAGUCUGGGGGUUGGCGGAGGCGGCACCCAAGCCGGGAGAAAGUGUUGCUCACGUUAGAGCAGUUGCGAGACCAAAGUAACUGGAACAGAGCGAAGAAGGAAGGGGGCAGAAUGACUAGAUCUCUGCUGCGGCCCACCGCGCUCGGACAACUUCUGCUGUGGCUGCUGCUGCCCCCGCUGCCUGUGCCCAGGGUCGAGGCUAGGAAGUCCAGGUCCUCGCUGCCCUGUCCGGCGGCCUGCGAGCCUACGCGCUGCCCCCCGCUGCCCACCUGCUCCGCUGGGGCGACGCCGGUGCUCGACCGCUGCCGCUGCUGCCGCGUCUGCGCGGCGGCCGAGGGAGAGGCCUGCGGCGGGACGCUGGGCCGGCGGUGCGCCCCGGGGCUGCAGUGCCGCGCGCCGCUCAGCGCCCAGCGCUUCCGCGGCGCCUGGAUGGGCACUUGCGGCUGCCCCGCGGCGGGAGCGGCCGUGUGCGGCAGCGAUGGGCGCACCUACCCCAACCUGUGCGCGCUGCGCGCCGAGAACCGCGCCGCGCGCCUCCGGGGCACGCUCCCGGCCGUGCCCGUGCUGAAGGGCGACUGCGCCGACCAAGGGACCAGGAGUGUAGGCCGGCUCAGGAGCAAGUACAACUUCAUCGCCGCCGUGGUGGAGAAGGUGGCGCCAUCCGUGGUUCACUUGCAGCUGUUCCGCAGGUCACCUCUUAGCAGCAAGGAUAUUCCUGCAUCCAGUGGCUCUGGGUUCAUAGUGUCUGAGGAUGGGCUCAUUGUUACCAAUGCCCACGUCCUCACCAACCAGCAGCGGAUCCAGGUGGAGCUCCAGAGUGGGGUCCAGUAUGAAGCCACUGUCAAAGACAUUGACCAUAAAUUGGAUCUUGCUCUGAUUAAGAUUGAGCCAAACACUGACCUUCCUGUAUUGCUGCUGGGAAGGUCAUCUGACCUGUGGGCUGGAGAGUUCGUGGUGGCCUUGGGCAGCCCGUUUUCUCUGCAGAACACGGUGACUGCAGGAAUUGUCAGCACUACACAGAGAGGGGGCAAAGAGCUGGGGCUGAAGGAUUCGAACAUGGACUAUAUCCAGACUGAUGCCAUAAUUAACCAUGGGAAUUCUGGGGGACCUCUGGUGAACUUGGAUGGUGAUGUGAUUGGCAUAAAUACACUCAAGGUGACCGCGGGAAUCUCCUUCGCAAUUCCCUCAGAUCGAAUUCGACAGUUCUUGGCAGAAUUCCAUGAGCGCCAGUUGAAAGGAAAAGCUCUUUCACAGAAGAAGUAUCUCGGUCUGCGGAUGCUGCCUCUCACUAUGAACCUUCUUCAUGAGAUGAAAAGGCAAGAUCCAGAUUUCCCUGAUGUGAGUUCUGGAGUUUUUGUGUAUGAGGUGAUUCAAGGAACAGCUGCUGAAAGCUCUGGGUUGAGAGACCACGAUGUAAUUGUCAGCAUAAAUGGGCAACCUGUUACCACCACAACUGAUGUUACUCAAGCUGUUAAGGACAGUGAUUCCCUUUCCAUGAUGGUUCGUCGGGGAAGUCAAACUCUGAUCCUGACAGUCACACCUGAAAUAAUCAAUUAAAUAUCUUCUUAAAGAGAAAUUAUCUAACAAAACCAAAGCUAUAUUACCUGGUUUGUAUUGAAGAUGUACCAAAAUGGCAAGUUUUAGGUUCUCUUUCUUAUAAAGAAAAAUGAAUGCUUUUUAAAACACACAUACAUUCAGGGACCUUUUAGUUGGGGUGCUCUACUGUUGGUUGCUAAGAAGCCUUACUAAAGCAAGUGAAGGACAUGGUGCCAGGAAGUCUGGGAACUGAUAACAUUUUAUUUAAACAAAGAAACAACUGAAAGACAGGCACAGUUUCUAAUUUAACCUUGACAGAAGGCCGCUUUAGGACUUUAAAACUUCUCUAUAGCUACAAACUGGAUAUAACACAAACAUCCA